CAAUACAAACAAAAGCGGAUGAAAUUAAAGGGUGUAAGAAGAAGUCAGAAGCUCUAGAAGGUAGAAGCUGUAAGAACAAGAAGAAGGAGAAGCUGGUAUCCAGCUAAAACAAGAAACAAACCUGAGAAGAUAUAAAAUAACUUGUGGGGGACAUAUUAGAGUAUCAAAAGCUACUAACCAAUUAUGGGGAUUAGAGGUCAUUUCAUCAUAUUUCUAAUUGUCCUGGUUGGCUCACUUGCUCGGGGUGAAGGUGUAAUUCAAAAUUAUGACUCAAAUUCUGUUGAUCGUAGAAGUUUUCCUAAGGGUUUCAUAUUUGGCACAGCAUCAUCUGCUUACCAGUAUGAAGGUGCAACGAAUGAAGGAGGUAGAGGAACUAGUAUAUGGGACACCUUCACUCAUCGCUACCCACAUAAGAUAAAGGAUGGUAAAAAUGGAAACCCUGCUGAUGAUUCCUAUUAUCGUUACAAGGAAGACGUGGCAAUAAUGAAAUACAUUGGUUUUGAUGCAUACAGAUUUUCGAUCUCAUGGUCCAAAUUAUUACCGCGUGGAAAUAUAAGUGGGGGAGUGAACCAAGAGGGCAUUAAAUAUUACAAUAAUCUCAUCAAUGAGCUCCUAUCCCAUGGACUGAAGCCAUUUGUGACUCUAUUCCAUUGGGACCUUCCACAAGCCCUUGAAGACACCUAUGGUGGUUUUUUAAGUCCCAAAAUUGAGGAAGCAAUGAUUAUAAUUACAUACUUCCAACUAAUUUCGCAACUAUUGAGUCAGAAUGACUUUAGGGACUAUGCUGAGCUUUGCUAUAAAGAGUUUGGAGAUAGGGUGAAGCAUUGGAUCACCCUAAAUGAACCUCUAACCUUUGCUGCCCUGGGAUAUGGAAAUGGUGCAUUUGCGCCAGGUAGAUGUUCAAAGAGUUUGUUCUCAAAUUGUAAUAAUGGUGAUUCAGCUACUGAACCCUACUUAGUUGCUCACCACCAACUUCUUGCUCAUGCGGCUGCAGUCAAAGUUUAUCAACGCAAGUACCAGAAAUCUCAGAAGGGUCAAAUUGGGAUUACACUAAAUUCACCAUGGGUAUUGCCAUAUUCCCAGUCAAAUGCAGAUAUUGAUGCAGCAUCUCGAGCCCUUGCUUUUGCGUAUGAUUGGUUUAUGGAACCACUAAAUUCUGGUCAUUACCCAGCUGAAAUGGUUGCCCAUGUCCAUGAAAGAUUGCCUCAAUUUUCUAGAGAGCAAUCUUCUAUGGUUAAAGGGUCUUUUGAUUUCAUUGGUAUAAACUAUUAUAGUACCAAUUAUGCUAAAGAUGUUCCUUGCGAAAACCAGCCACCUAGCUACUUCAAAGACUCUUGCAUUAACAACACAGAUGAGCGAAAUGGGAUUCCCAUUGGUCCAAAGGGUGCUUCUGACUGGAUUAAUAUUUAUCCACAAGGAAUUCAAGAUCUAUUACGCUACACAAAGAAUAAAUACAACAACCCAGUCAUCUAUAUCACUGAGAAUGGAAUUAAUGAGUUUAAUAAUGGUUCUAUAUCACUUGAGGACAACAGCAGAAUUGACUACCACAGUAGUCAUCUUUCUUUUGUAGGAAGUGCUAUAACGAAUGGAGUCAAUGUGAAGGGAUACUUUGCUUGGUCACUAUUGGACAACUUUGAAUGGGCCGAUGGUUACACUAUUCGCUUUGGGUUAGUCUAUGUAGAUUACAAGGAUGGGCUGAAAAGAUAUCCUAAAAAUUCAGCCAAGUGGUUCAAGAAGAUUUUGAAUUAAGAAAAGUUUGGGGCUGUUUGAUAGGGUGUUUUGAGCAACAAUUUUCAGUGUUUAAACAAUAUUACACACAUUUUCAGAUACUUUUUCACCCACACGUAUUUUCAAAAAAUACAAACAAUGUUAUUAUCCAGGUUUCAUGUGUUGUGCGAUUCCUAGAACAAUUUGAUUUCUUGUAUAAGAGUGUUUCAAUAAAACUAGGUCCAUAUAUACUGAAUAUCUAUAAUUUGUAUGUUCAAGGAA